AUGGCUGGCAAAGCGACGGAUCGUAAAAAUAAGUUAAAAGAUUCGAAAAGUACCGCACCAAAUCUAACUGAGGCUGCUUUAGCUGCUUUCACGUUACCCGAAAGCUUAUCUUGUUCCGAAGUCGACUUUCCAGUGCUUAUAAAGCGACGUGCAAAAGCUAAUUGGGCAGAGAUUGUUAAUGAAAGCAACAAAUUGCAUCAACAAAUUAAAGAGUACGCUGAAGCUAAGGCACCACCAUUUAAGCCAGCCUUCCUUAAAACAGAAUGCGAUUAUAUAGAAAAAGAAGUUUUUGUGCAUCUCAUACCAGCUCUAGUAGAAACACUAAAUAAAGCUAAAUUAUGGGAAGCUCUGGUCAGACAAAAAUGUUUUUUCAAUGGAAUCGAUCAUAUAGUUCAGCUAUUGUGGAAUAACAAUCCACGACAUCCAGACCGUAAAGAGAAAAAUUUACAUUUAUUCAAUAUGCCAUGGGUGAGAGCAGAACUUAAAAUAAGACCACGUCCGUACUAUCCCAAGUCUUGGUUGUGGCCUGAGGAUUACGCUGCCACUCUAAUACAAAAAACUGUACGACAGUACUUUGUCCAGAAACAAGAAGAUGUCGCGGAAAUGCGUGAAUUCUGGAAGAAACUUGAAUAUGAGAGUCAUGUUCCCGAGGUGGAAAUGAAUCCGUUUUUGGCAAGGCUCUUUGCUUCAUCUCAAACCCACACCCAGAAGCCAAAGGAUCACGAAGGCAACGCACCAAAGUAA